AUGAUUUUUUCUCACAACCCACCAAAAAGUCUCCAACUAAUCUUCUUCCUUCAAUUAAUCAUACUCCUAAACAUUGCUAAAACAGAUUCCCAACCCGAUUAUGUCUUCACAGUUUGCAGCCAAAAUGGAAACUACACACAAAACAGCGUGUACAGAACAAAUCUCUUUCAAGUCCUUACUAACCUCGUCGACCAAUCCUCUAACAUUGGUUUCUCCAAUUCAACUAUCGGUCAAAAUCCCGACACAGUCUACGGCAUGUUCUAUUGUAGAAGGGACAUUAAUCCCGUAACGUGCCGAACAUGCGUAGAAGAAGCCGCAAAACAAGUUGUAAAUGUUAAUUGUACCACCCAAAAAGAAGCCAUCAUUUGGUAUCAAGAAUGUACUAUAAGGUAUGCAAAUAGGCCCGUUACAUCUAUAGAUAAUGAUGAUAGUUGGUUUGCGUGGAGUUUUAAAAGGUUAAAUGUAUCGAAUCUCAAUCAAUUUGAGUCAAUCGUAACAUCUACGAUGAAAAAUCUUGUUCAAAAGGCAGCAUAUAAUAGUAGUUAUCUUGGUUAUGCGACAACAGAAGCUCAAUAUCCACCGUUUGAUAAACUAUAUUCUCUUGUUCAGUGCACUCCUGAUAUACUUGGUUUGCCUUGUGAGAAAUGCUUGCUUAGUAUUUUGAGAUAUUGGCAAAUGUAUUUUAAAGGAUUAAAAAAGGUUAUGCUUUUCCGGUCCAAUUGUCAGAUGAGUUAUGAUACUGUACCUUUCUAUACGCCUCCUUCUCCACCUCUGCCGCCAAGCCUACCAUCAAAAGAAGAAGUUCCAGUUCAGCCUCCAGAUGGACGCAUCCAAAAUGAAGCCGUAAUGAGGCGUUCCAACAGCUCACAGUCCUUGCAAUACGACCUUGAUUCAAUUAGAUUGGCAACAAAGAACUUUUCUGCUGAAAAUAAACUUGGGGAAGGUGGAUUUGGACCUGUUUACAAGGGAAGGCUUCCAGAUGGCCAAGAUAUUGCUGUAAAGAGACUAUCAGAAGAUUCCCGUCAAGGUCUCAAAGAAUUUACUAAUGAAGUUCAAUUACUUGCCAAGCUUCAACACAGAAAUCUCGUCAAACUUUUAGGGUUUUGCUUAGAAGGUCAAGAAAAGCUGCUCAUUUAUGAGUUUGUCACCAACUUGAGUCUCGACAGGUUCCUAUUUGAUCCACACAAGCGCAAAUACUUGUACUGGGAUACAAGAUUCAAGAUCAUAUUAGGAAUUGCACGAGGCCUUUUGUACCUUCAUGAAGAUUCUAGAGUCAAAAUUAUUCAUAGAGACCUGAAAUCGAGCAAUAUUUUAUUGGAUGAUGAGAUGAACCCAAAGAUAGCAGAUUUUGGCACGGCAAGGUUACUUAAAAUUGAUCAUACACAAGCCAAUACUAGCAAAAUUUUUGGAACAUUUGGAUAUAUGGCUCCAGAAUAUGCUGCAGGUGGAGUAUUUUCAAGUAAAUCAGACGUCUAUAGUUUUGGUGUCAUGGUCUUGGAAAUAAUAAGUGGGCAAAGCAAUAAUUUUUUUGCUAAAUCAUUAGGAAAACAGAGCCUUAUAAGUAAUGCAUGGAAACUUUGGAACACAGGUAGGAUAAUGGAACUAGUAGAUCCAUCAGUAGGGAACAACUUCUCAAGAGCAGAAGUAGUAAGAUCAGUUCAAGUUGGUUUAUUUUGUGUUCAAGAAGAUCCUUCCAGUAGGCCAACAAUGGAGUCUGUUCUCCUCAUUCUUCAGAACAACUCCUCAGAUGCCCAACUUCCACCACGCCUAUCAGGAUCGUCAUCGGACAUCAACUUACGAGGUGAGCUGCCAGAUUCAGGAGAAGUAUAUCAUGAUCAGUACCAAAAUCAUGAUCAUCAAGCAAGUGAUCUAUUUCAUGAAAGAAAUACAGAUGCUGAAUCCACAGACUUGUACCCACGUUGACAUAUCAAGAUUUAUGGCCGGUUUCUUUUAAAAUGUAACUAUUUCUGUUGAUUGAUUAACAUAUGUUGAGGUAUCUGUUUCAGUCGUUGAUACAAACACAAUAGUAAGACCGUGCUAAUACUAAACGACGGUAAUGAAAAUGAUUUAUAGUGUAAAUUAUCAAAAAAUG